AUGCGCUACUUGAGGAGACUAAAAGACCAGGGCUUACACAGACCAAAGAAGCCUCAGAAUGCACAAUCACAACUCAGCCACAGCGAUGUUUGUGCCGGCCGUACAUCUGAUGCUCUAAAACCAACCUCUGCUACUCAGAAAAGCAUAGAUCUGUCGCAAUCCGAGGAUGCUCGGCAUGAAGACCUCUGGCAAAUUGCCUUUAAUCAGCUGAGCCAAGAGGAGCAGAAUGUGUUGCAGUCAACCAAUGGCCUUGUCUCGGACGUGCAAAAGAAUGGCAAAGGAACCUCCGAUGUUAUCAACCAGGUCAUUGAAACCACGAAGCAGGAAUACAAGAACUACCAAAAAAGAGGAGGCAUCAAAAUCAAAAGAUCAAAGGGGGAAGAUAUCGAUCUUCGACAACUUUCACAGAAGAUUAUCAAUGCUGCACUAUUGUUCAAAGAUAUAAUCAGUGUAGGGGCAGCUUGUGAUCCGACUGGCCAUGCGGCAAGCGCUUGGACCAUUGUGUCUUUCGGUUUGACGAUGGCAAAAAAUCACACCGAACGGCGCGAUGCCUUGUUUGAUUCUUCCGAGUACCUAGCAGAUGUUCUGGCCCGAUGCGCGUAUAUCGAACAGAGUUUCCACGGCCAACAAUCUGAACAAACAUAUAUAGUGGGAAAAGCAACGACAAGAGUCUACAAAGCAAUUCUCCAAUAUGCAGCAAAGGUGUUGACAUGUCAAAACCUAGGAUUGGUAAAGGAAAUGCUGGACAAUGUCACAGCAAUUACAAAUCAGCAUCUCACGCAGCUUCAAUCCUCUAUCGAGAAAGAAAAGCAAGAGCUAUACCAAUUGGUUCAGUUGACUCAGCUUGACAAGCUCGGGAAAAGCAAAAAAGCCGCAGAGGUUAUGUUAACUGAAAUUGAUGAAAAAUUAUCAAAAUCUCGCGAUGCCCUCAUCCUCAAGUCAUAUCUACCAAUCGCAGAAGGUGCAAAAUUUGACUCAUAUGCGAACCGAACCAACGCCAAAGGUUUGGAUGAAACUAGAGUCGACGUUCGCGAUCAAAUUGCGAUAUGGGCUGAGUCACCUACGAGCGAAUGCAUCUUUUGGUUGGAUGGUAUGGCCGGGACAGGAAAGUCCACUAUCGCUUACACAAUGGCAAAGACAUUCCAAGAGAAGGGGCAACUUGGAGCUAGCUUCUUCUUCAAGGUAGGCGAAGGCGAUCGUGGCAAAGCAGAAAAGUUCUUCCCGACCAUCGCACAUCAAAUGAUGGCCCAUGAUCGGCACUUCGCACACGAAGUUGUUACAGCGAUUGAGCAUGAUCAAGAUAUUGCCAAGAAAGCUAUUCCAGACCAAUUUGCGAAGCUAUUUCUCCAUCCACUACAGGGCUUGGCCUCAAACCAAACCAAACACUUGGUCAUUGUGAUUGAUGCGAUAGACGAGUGUGAACAGGGCGAUGCCGAGGUCCUCCUUCAGAACUUGCUAGAUGUGGGCAAGUUCAAGUCUUUACGCCUCAAAAUAUUUCUGACGGGCAGACCUGAACAUGCAAUUCGACUUGGAUUUGAUGACAAUGAUACCUACCAACACCUUGUCCUGCAUCAGAUUCCCGAGCAAGAUAUCAAAAGUGACAUACGUCUAUUCCUGGCGGCUGAAUUUGCUAUUAUACGAAGAAAGAAUAAGAUACUCUCCGACGACUGGCCUGGGGAAGCCUCUAUCGAAAAGUUGGUGGAAAAGUCUGUCCCACUUUUCAUAUAUGCCACCACUGUGUGCGAUUUUAUUGGAGACGGGUUUGAUCUCCCAGAAGAACGCCUCGAGCUCGUCCUGCAAUCCGACAAAUCCUCUCCAGAAACUCAUAUGGAAGAUUUAUAUCGACCAGUUUUGGAGCGAAUCUUGAACCCCAAGAGUGACUCUGAAUCACAAAAAAUCGAGGAAACUUUUUGCGACAUAAUUGGCCCUCUCAUUCUUCUUCAUACACCGCUCUCGAUCCAUGCUCUUGGUCAACUUCUUAAUUUUCCAACGAAGAGGAUCAGAUUUCUCUUAGAAAAGUUGCACUCGGUCAUCAACGUUCUAAGAGAUCCAAAGGACUCGGACCAGAUCGAUGUCCCAGUCCGUAUUCUGCAUCUAUCUUUUCGGGAUUACCUCCUUAAACAAAAAGAGCGCUUCCAUAUUGAUGAGGCGAAGACGCAUGCGAAGGUGACAUCACACUGCCUCCGCAUCAUGAGCCAAAAACUCAAACACAAUAUUUGCCAGUUAGCAAGUUAUGGCUCAAACCGCAAGCAUGUACAAAGACAGAUUGUGGAUCAACACAUACCAAUGGAUUUAAAAUACUCCUGUCGCUACUGGAUGCACCAUCUCGAAAAGUGCGACGGCCAUAUAUCUGACCUUGAGGUCCUCGCGUUUCUGAAAAGGAAUCUUCUUCAUUGGUUAGAAGCAAUGUGUCUAAUGGGCAUAAUACCGGAGGCUCUCGUGAUUAUAGAUAGGCUUCAAUUGCAUCAAAAGAACGGUAUGAGUUCUGAGCUUCCACAGUUCCUAUAUGACACCAAACGAUUCAUCCUCAUGAAUGUUCACAUCAUUGACAUCACCCCGCUUCAAUUAUAUUCCUCAGCCCUAAUGUUUUCACCGAUGAAGAGCAUUGUGAGAAAGACUUUUGAAGGCCAACGAGCCAGGAUGAUAAGCGUACUGCCACAGGUGCAAAGCUCGUGGAGUGCAGAUCUACAGACGCUCGAAGGACAUUCAGGUCGAGUUCAAUGCGUAGCCUUCUCUCCAGACGGUCGAAAAGUAGUAUCGGGAUCAACCGAUGACACCGUUAAGCUUUGGGAUGCUGGCACGGGCAAGGAGCUACAAACACUGAAUGGUCAUUCGGAGCAAGUUGACUCAGUAGCCUUCUCUCAAGAUGGUCGAAUAGUCGCUUCAGGAUCGGGUGAUAAGACUAUCAAGCUCUGGAACCUCGACACAGGCAAGGAGCUAUGGACGCUUAAAGGUCACUCAGGCUCGAUCGCGUCCGUAGCAUUUUCCCCUUUGGACCAUCAGAUAUUAGCCUCAGGCUCAAGUGAUAAGUCUAUCAAGCUCUGGAGCCUCGACACUGGCAAGGAGCUACGGACGCUUGAAGGCCAUUCAAGCUCGGUCUCGUCUUUGUCAUUCUCCCCCCUGAACAAGCAGAUACUAGCUUCAGGGUCAGAUGACAAGAGUGUAAAGCUCUGGAACCUCGAUACUGGCAAUGAGCUACGGACACUCAAGGGUCAUCCCGGCUGGGUCCUUUCUGUGGCUUUCUCCCCAGACGGCAGAAUGAUAGCCUCAGCGUCAGGUGAAAUUAUUAUGCUCUGGGAUGCCAAAACAGGACAAGAGCUACAGAAGCUCCUGCGCCACUCGCGACUAGUCCGUUCUGUAGCCUUUUCCCCCAUGAACAGUCGGGUAUUAGCUUCAGGCUCGGAUGAUGGGACUAUCAAGCUCUGGAAUCUCGACACCGGCAAUGCACUACAGACACUCAGAGGCCAUUUGCAAUGGGUUCGCUCUAUAGGUUUCUCCUUGGACGGUCAAACAAUAUCCUCAGGUUCGGGCGAUAAGACAAUCAAGCUUUGGGAUACCAAAGCCAACGCUGAUGCGGAUUCAAAAAUGGUUAAUAGCCAUUCAACACGGGUCCAAUGUUUAGCCGUCUCCCCCAACGGUCGAAUGGUAGCCUCAAGUACGACUGAAAUUAUCAGGCUCUGGGAUUCUGAUACUGGAAAAGAGAUACAAACGCUCCAGGGUCAUUUAAGCUCGGCCCGGUCGGUCGGAUUUUCCCCAGAUAGUCAAAUAGUAGCAUCAGGCUCAACUGAUCGGACCGUCAAGCUUUGGAAUGCCCGCACGGGCAGCAUUCUACAGACAUUUGACCAUACAGAUUGGGUCGACUCUGUGGCUUUCUCCCUGGACGGUCGAAUGAUAGUCUCAGCGUCGUCUAAUAUCAUCAAGCUCUGGGAUGCCAAAACGGGUCAAGAGCUACAGACGCUCCCGGGCCACUCGCGAUUCAUCCAGUCUAUAGCUUUCUCUCCAGAUGGUUUAACAAUAGCUUCACAAUCAGACGACAUCAUUAAGCUGUGGGAUAUCACAACGGGCCAAGAACUACAGACGCUGGAGAGCCACUCAGCAGAUUCUGUCCAGUCCAUACUUGGUCAAAUCCCACAUAAUCGCCCUCAAAUUUCCUUAGCAGACCGAUGGGUGUUCUUUGAAGGCGAAAAACUCCUAUGGCUCCCUUUGGAGUACGGUCGAUGGACGUCCUUCGCUUUUCAGGACGGUACUUUGGCUCUUGGGUAUGACGAUGACAAGAUUUUGAUUCUUAAGUUCCGGAAGGACUGA